AUGACUUAUAAAGUUUUACCACAACAAAUAAUACUAAAUAAUUACUAUUGGGAUAGCUCACAUGACCAGGUUUGCACCAAGCAGGAGACCAGAGAGUGCAACUGAAAGACAUGCCCUGUCAACUGCAUCCUGGGAGAUGAUGGGUCAUGGUCAGAUUGGAAAGCAAGCAAUCAAUUUGGAGGACAAGCGUGUAAUGGACCUCUGGUGACCUUUCAACUAUGUAUUCAAUCUAAAUUCUGCAUAACUGAAGAAGUUAACCUCAAGAAUAGAUUCCGUUCUGACAGUGGCAGUGUACUUUUAUUUCAUUUUCUGUCAGGAGAGCCCAGAGGGGAAGUCCCAGAUACCUCUUUCACUGGAGGAAUAUGUAAAACUGUCAAAAGCAGUAGAACAAGCAAUCUAUACCAUGGCAGGGCCAAUCUGGGAAACAUAACCUUGGGGUCUGUACAAACUGAAGGUAAUUUGCAAACAGAUUUCUAUAAAGAUUCAAUACACUUUGAAAAGAAUGACAAUCAAAACCUCAUUGUGAGAAUGAAAGCUAAGCAUCUGCAGCUCUGUGUUGUCUUUUGAAAGUAUUACCAUCUGCCUUUAGAAUACAAUUUUGCUUUGUAGGACUUUGGAACUCACUACUUUGUUUCUGAAUCCCUGAUUGGAUAUGACUCGUACUAGUUUAGCAGUGAGGAACUUAAAAACUUCAGCUUCCUGGCCCUGGACAUCCCCUAUGGUUGUCAUCCUAGGACAACAGAGGAAUUUCAACCUGAGAGUCCUGAUACGAAGCCAACACAUGGCUAUACUUUUCCCAAGCUGGCAUGGGAGAAAGGAAAGCCCAUUCCAGAUGAGAACGUACAUUCUGAGUGGGCGGAAUCUGUGGAGGAAAAGCUGCUGUCACUGACUUUGAGGAAAGCUUUGUGCAUAUACACAGCCAAGCUUUGCCACUGUAUUCUGUCACCUGAUAAUGGGCAUCCCACACUUUCAGGCACCUAAUGGUGCAUGUGCCAGAGUGGGAUUUAGGGGAAGAGCUACAAGAAAAGGCCUCUGGAUUAUAAAUAUGAUUCAGUAGAAGGGAUAUGGGCCUGCUGGUUUUCCUGGAGUGUAUGCAGCUCUGCUUAUAGGAGAACAAGAAUCUGGCUGUUUCCCCUUGCAGGAAUGGCAUGCCUCAAGCCACUUGUGCCAGAAGUGCUGACAGUCUCCCCAUUUCUGAGAGUAUACAAAAUUGCUGAAUCCAUUGAACUGGCUUCUGGAGGCUGCAAGGUUGCCAGGCCAUCCAGGCACCCAUGCAUGGGGAAUUUCUUGACCACUCUGUCAGACUCUCUCACCUGUAAAAAAGGUGAGUGA